AUGCCUUCUUUCAAAAGACUUAUUGCAAAAUUCAACAAAAAAGUCGUUACUCCUGUUCCUGUUGAAGAAUUUUACUAUAAGGGAUGGUCAGAUGUUGAUCAAGGAUCAGAACCAGGAUGGGAUGCGGAAGAACCUUCUGGUUCAACCGGCAUUAAGGGAGAUUUUGAACCUUUCUCAAUGCAAGUUGAACAAGAGAAUCCUUCUCUUGCGGAUCUAUUGGAUGGCAAGGUGAGAAUGGAAGAUUUUCCUCUCAUUAAUGUCUGUUUGAUUGAGGAUGUCUUCUAUUCUUUAGAUAAUCGAAGGCUUUAUUGCUUCAAGAAGGCGAUAAAGCGAGGGUUGGGUGUUAACAGGAUACCUGUUCGAAUAAGACGAGUGUCUGACAUCAACAUCGUGUGGAAGAUGGAGGGAGCGUAUCAGGUGGUGCGGAACACCAAUUUUAAGGAGGUGGUGGUUAGCCCUUCAUUGAGAAACGGAAGGGUGAUUGAUG